AUGUCCGACGACGAGGCUUAUCCCCAACUCGCGUCCUACACGGCGCCCAAGGACAUCCUUGAGGAGCAUGAGCGUAUGGCCGAGGAGGAUACAGACCUCACGGAUGAGAUCCAGGAUCGCGCUAGUGUCCGGCAGAUCGCCGCCCGCCAGUCCGACUACCAGCUCCGACGAUUCAACAGGCGCGAUGGUGUCGGAGAAGGCGAGGAUGAGAGCUAUGCCGAUCGCAUGCGCCGCGUUAACCUCGAGAGGGAGGAGGAGCGUGUGAGGAGGUACAAGGAGCAGCUUGCGAAGGAGGAGGAGGCGAAGGGAAAGGGCGAGAUCCGUGAGCGUGAUGACAAGACGCCGGAACGCGACCAGAUUGCCGGCGAUGCCACCCCUCCUCGCGGCGCCAUCCGGGACGGAACGCCUGAGGCCAAGCAGGAGCCGAUGGACGACGACGAGGCAUCCAAGAAGCGCCGUUCUCGAUGGGACAUCACGCCUGCCGAGGGCGAGGAGAAGCCGAAGAAGAAGCGCUCAAGAUGGGAUCAGAUGCCUGAGAACGAGACUGCCGUUGCUUCUGCGUCGACUUCGGUUGUUGAGACGAAGCCCGCCGCCGACAAGAUGGUUGAGGACCGCCGAUACCGUGCGAUUACCGACGAUGAGCUCAACGCUGUGCUGCCUGGACACAACGAUGGUUACCAGAUUGUCGCUGUUCCCGACGACUACCACCCGGCGCCGGCUGUGCGCAAGGUCGUCCCUGCCUCAUCUCAGCACGCUGAGGGAUUCAUGAUGCAGGACGAGAGUUCUGCGGCCCGCGCUGUGGCUGCUGCUGGUGGAUUCAUGGGUUCAGCGGAGCAAACGGAAAUCGAGGGUAUCGGAACGCUGCAGUUCCUGAAGGCGGAGGACUCGCAGUACUUCGCCAAGGUCCUCGGCGAGGGCGGUGGCGAGGAGGACGACGUGAACUACACGUACGAGGAGCUCAAGGAGCGCAAGAUCAUGCGACUGCUGCUCAAGAUCAAGAACGGAACGCCACCAGUCCGAAAGACUGCGCUUCGACAAAUCACCGACAAGGCGCGCGAGUUUGGUGCCGGACCGCUGUUCGACAAGAUCUUGCCGUUGCUCAUGGAGCGUUCGCUCGAGGACCAGGAGCGCCACCUGCUCGUCAAGGUCAUUGACCGUAUCCUCUACAAGCUAGAUGAUCUCGUCCGCCCCUACGUGCAUAAGAUCCUCGUUGUUAUCGAGCCGCUCCUGAUCGACGAGGACUACUACGCCCGUGUCGAGGGUCGCGAAAUCAUCAGUAACCUGGCCAAGGCUGCUGGUCUUGCUCACAUGAUCUCGACGAUGCGUCCCGACAUCGACCACGUCGACGAGUACGUGCGCAACACUACGGCUCGUGCGUUCGCCGUCGUCGCCUCGGCCCUUGGUAUCCCGGCCCUCCUGCCCUUCCUCAAGGCUGUUUGUCGCUCGAAGAAGUCGUGGCAGGCUCGCCACACCGGUAUUCGUAUUGUGCAGCAGAUUGCGGUCAUGAUGGGUUGCGCCAUUCUGCCUCACCUCCGCAACCUCGUCGACGCGGUCGCCCACGGUCUGCAGGACGAUCAGCAGAAGGUUCGAACGAUGACCGCGCUGUCGCUCGCCGCUCUCGCCGAGUCUGCCGCGCCUUACGGUAUCGAGUCGUUCGACGAGGUUCUCAAGCCGCUCUGGCUCGGUAUUAGCCGUCACCGUGGAAAGACCCUCGCCGCCUUCUUGAAGGCUAUCGGUUACAUCAUCCCGCUGAUGGACCCCGAAUACGCUGGUUACUACGUGAAGGAGUGUAUGCCCACUCUCAUCCGCGAGUUCCAGACGUCGGACGAGGAAAUGCGUCGCAUUGUCCUGCAGGUUAUCAAGCAGUGUGCUGGAACGGAGGGCGUCACGCCGUCGUUCAUUCGUGAUGAGGUACUGCCCGACUUCUUCCGCUCGUUCUGGGUCCGACGAAUGGCCCUCGACCGCCGCAACUACAAGCAGCUUGUCGACACGACCGUUGAGCUUGCCAACAAGGCUGGUGUUUCGGACAUUGUGGGACGGAUCUGCAACGACCUCAAGGACGAGAGCGAGCCGUACCGCAAGAUGGUCAUGGAGACGAUCACGAAGGUGGUUCAGGCGAAUGGCGCUGCUGACAUCGACGAACGCCUCGAGAUUCAGCUUAUCGAUGGUAUCAUCUUCGCUUUCCAGGAGCAGACAAUGGAGGACAACGUCAUGCUCGACGGCUUCGGCGCUGUCGUAACCGCGCUCGGAUCGCGCGUCAAGCCGUAUCUCCCUCAGAUCGUGUCGAUGAUCCUCUGGCGUCUCACGAACAAGAGCGCCAAGGUUCGUAUGCUUGCGGCUGACUUGACGACGAAGCUCGCCCCUAUCAUCAAGCAGAACGACGAGGACGCUCUGCUCUCCAAGCUCGGUGUUGUCCUAUUCGAGCAGCUCGGAGAGGAGUACCCUGAUGCUCUCGGUUCGAUCAUCGCUGCUGAGGCUUCGAUCGCCAACGUUGUUGGUAUGACGCAGAUGAACCCUCCCGUCAAGGACCUUCUGCCGCGUAUGACGCCCAUUCUGCGUAACCGUCACGAGAAGGUCCAGGAGGCGACCAUCAACUUGAUCGGUCGUAUCGCCGACCGUGGUGCCGAAUUCGUCGCCGCGAAGGAGUGGAUGCGCAUUUGUUUCGAACUGCUUGAUCUGCUCAAGGCGCACAAGAAGGCUAUUCGUCGUGCUGCCGUGAACUCGUUCGGAUACAUCGCCAAGGCCAUCGGUCCUCAGGACGUGCUCAGCGUCCUGCUCACGAACUUGAAGGUUCAGGAGCGUCAGAGCCGUGUCCUGUCGACCGUCGCCAUUGCCAUCGUGGCCGAGACCUGUGGUCCUUUCACUUGUAUCCCCGCUAUCCUCAACGAGUACCGCACGCCAGAACUCAACGUUCGCAACGGUUGUCUCAAGGCACUUGCGUAUGUCUUCGAGUAUGUCGGAGAGAUGUCGAAGGACUAUAUCCACUCUGUCGUCGGACUUCUGGAGGACUCACUCACCGACCGUGACCACGUCCAUCGUCAGACUGCCUGUGCCAUCGUCAAGCAUCUCACGAUUGGCGUUGCCGGUCUCGGCUACGAGGAGGCUCUGACGCACCUGCUGAACCUCGUGUGGCCCAACAUCUUCGAGACAAGUCCGCACGUUAUUGGAGGUGUGAUGGACGCGAUCGAGGCUAUGCGCAUCGGUAUCGGACCUGGUGUCGUGCUUUCGUACGUGCUCCAGGGUCUGUACCACCCCGCCCGCCGAGUACGCGAAGUGUACUGGCGAAUGUACAACACCCUCGUGCUUGGAGCUGUCGACGCCAUGGUGCCGUUCUACCCGGCGCUCGGAUCGGCGGCUGACCUGGCGUCAGGACAAGAUUACACCCGGCACCACUUGCUGAUGUGGGUGUGA